AUGACUGGGUUGCGGCAUUGGCGAAUCUCCUAUGAGGGGCGGAUACCCAAGUCACCGCUACCGCCGAAUUGUCGUGGACUAAGCAUUGAUCUCACUGCGUAUCGCGAUCGAACAGGUACCGUUAAGAGAUCUCCACGCCCUAUCGAAACUGUCAAUCCACCCAGGCUUCGGCGCCUCACCUGCUUCGUGCAAGGGCUGGUCCAAGAUCUAAAGUCGUUAGACCAGCUCAAGCUCCUCUACGUGAAUCUCGGAAGUUUUCCUGUCGUGCAAAGUAUGGCCGUUCACCGGGAAGGCAAAGGGGGCAUUCCACUGCUCCAAGCCUCACCAUGGUACACGAUGAGAAGCCAAAUUGAGUUCGUCCCCAAGUGUGGUGCAUCGCCUUUCCAACUGCUGAACCCCCGACAACUGGAACGGAUGGAACUGGUCAACGCGACAAUGGACGCGUCGCAAGUGGCAUUUUCACCCAAGAGCACCGGAAAUUCCUGCGAGAGCUCAUCUUCGAGAACAGACGAGGCGCUGGCACAAUUGACAGGACUCCGAGGCAACGAAGGAUGGAAGCAAGGUCAACUCGAUAUCAAGACUGUCGACGCGCCCAUAAUAUUGAGUCCGGCUGCCGGCACGCCUCAGCGGGAAACAAUCACAGAAGGCGACAUGCAUAUUAGCAACAAAGGUCUCCCAGCAUGCUGCGAAACUUGA